GGAAUCGUCGUGUGUCAAAAUUAGUACGCUAUUGCUCAUCCUCCCAACUCUCGGCAGAUUGUCUUUUAAUGAUGUUUUUCCCGUUUUCUAUUGAACGUGUCUCGUAAUUAUUGAUUACGGUUUAUUAAAUUAUGAACAGAGAAAAGAUGUUAAGGAUAUAUAAUUAGUUUUAUUUGAUUACGGCAACGCGACACAUGGGCGAUUUGCCGAGAGGAAAUGCGUCCCGGGCGGUCUACGGGGAACUGGCCCCUAUUUAAGUGUUACUUACGUGAAUAAAACCCAGAAAACUCCAUAUGCCUACCCCGUUGGCGAGGCUCGAAUCCAUGACCUGUGUUCAGUAGUUUAAUCCACUCUAUCUUUUUUGUCAUUUAUUCGGAAGUGCGACUUUGAAAUUUUGAAAAAACGAUCGACAAUUUCUUUUUCUCAAUUUACUUAUAUCCAGAAAGAUUUUAAUUUAUAUUUAGAACUCGGGUUACGUAUCAGUUUUCUAUACGUUUUGUACAUACCUAAUCUGCUUUCUGUCUGAAUCCUAUCCACAGUUCUCUUAAUGAGCAAAAGUGGCUCUAGACAAAAAAGUCUGCUCUGCUCCCCAACCACAUUGAGUGCGUUCUUUUAUUCCCCCGCGUAACUCUGCGCGAGCGGCAUGGCAUCCAAUUAAAAAUUCCUGCUGAACGCGUUUUUAUACUCCGGCGGAGUGCGCGCCGACGGACGGCAAAAAUGGCGGCUUGUAGUAGUAGUUGACGAUGGAAAGCAACAUGGCAUCCUUCAUGUCUCAGAUAGUUUAGUUUCAGUGUCCAUUAUAUGGUUUUAAGAAUGAAAAUUUAGAAGUUGUGAAAGCGCACAUCAUUGCACAUGAUGUGAGUGUCAUCUAGAAUUUUUUACGAAUGGUAUCCGGCAUUCUAACUUUUUCAUAGCUACUUUGAAUGCUCUGUCUGCAAGACAAUCCAUUUUAUGAUUAAAUUUUACAGUUGGUGUCCUUCUUUUAAAUUUUGUCUCUAAAAUUGCAUAUUUUAAAAUCAUAGUUUCCUCCAUCACGAUACUGUUGAUAGUACGGCCGCCGCCAUCUUUUUCUUUAUUCCACCAUCGUUCCCAAAUGCCUUUUGCGUUUACAAGGGUGCGUCUGCGUCUCUACCAUCGCCGUGAUGGUAGAGAAGCAAACGCACCCAUUAAUUAGUAACCUUUCUUAAGGCCGUUUUAAGAACCAACAUGUCGGCUCUUAGAACGAAUAGUUUUAGCCAAAAUUUAGUGCACGGCGAUUUUUAAAAUGAUUCCCUCUGAGGUUAAUCUGAACUAUUUCCGUGAAAAAAUUCUACAUAUUUGUUAACAAAUAAUUAUUCUCGAAUCUUCUGAUCACAGCAAAGCUAAUACACUUUUAAUAGAAAAAACGAAUAAACAGAAAAAAGAUAGAAUUUUUCGUGUUAGUUUCAGAUUCUGACUACUAUGCGGCAGCUUAGUCGAUUAAAUUCUCUACUUACGGCUUUUGGCUACUUUUAUUAGUAAACUGUUAAGAAUUUGGCAUAAAUAUAUCCAUGUGGCUUUAAGUAAAGAGUAAUGAGUUAUUUAACAGGCAAUUCGUUUCGAAUAUUGCAAAAACGGUUAUCAAAUUCCUUUUUAGCUGUUAAAGAAAAGUUUAAGCUUCCUGAAAAAUAUAAAGGUGGUAGAAUAGAAAGAUGGGCUGAAUUCUGGAAAGUAUUAUUCCAAGAUUAUAAACAGGUGGCAGAUGAUAUUGUUAAUGAAUCAAGAACAAAACCAGUUAAAACAUUAACAAUUUUUGGAGGAAUUGGUUUAACAGCAUAUGCUAUUAAAACAAAUCCAGAUGAAACUGACUUCAGAAAUCAACUAUUAACAUACACAAAUGAUAUUAUGAUACUAAAUGAUGCUAUUAGGAAUCCUACAGCUGAUAAUCAUAUGAAAUAUUUAAAUGCAUGUGUUAAUGAAGGAACAAUUCGACGUCUUAAUUUAAUUGCUUUUUCUAUUAUUUGGAUUGGCAAUUAUCAUCCUGACUGUCAGUUAUAUCCAUCACAGUGUUCUUAUCUCAAACCUCAAUAUUUGACUUUCUAUCAAAGAAUUGUUGAUUUUGGAAUAUUUGGACAAUGGAUUGGAAUGUUACAAAAAAUGAAAGAUUUUGAUAUAAAUCCUAAAGAAUGGGAGAAUGAACAAUAGAAGUUUAAAUCACAUUGCAACUUGUAAUUUUACACUAAGUUUUUUUAUGUAAAAAAUUAUUCAUUUAAUAUUUGUUAGUUUUCUAAAUGGAAAUCAAUUAUUUUUAGCUAAUAAAAUUAAUAAAUUAUAA